AUGCCUCCCAAGCGCAUCACAGUGCAGCCCGCCCGCCGGUCUCAGCCCAAGGGUUGGUUCGGUCAGAUGUAUCAUACAUUGACGUCUGAGGAGAAUGCCAGCGUUGUCAUAAGCGUGGCUAUGUUCGGGACUGCACCAAAAUACACCUCUGUGGUGAAGUCUCUAUCAGCUAGCCGCUACGCAAAAAAAGCGCGCAUUACGCCAGACCAGGCAGAGCAACACUGCAGGUUGAUGAACCGCGCCAGUGCUGCUGCCGUUGCCUUCUUCAACUCGGAAUGGAGCGAGAUGCUCCUUCCAGGGUUCUGA